AGAAUGAUAUCGCAAAUAAAAAAAUCUAUGGGAGGAGUAUAUAUAUUGAGCAGCGGCGGGCGGAGAUGGGAGAUGUAUGCAGGUGCAGAACGAGAAUGGAGACUUGGUGCACUCCUUCCAACUCACACAGCAUUCUUCUAUACACUACGCCCAAAGUAGCCGGAGUUUCACCGGAGCACCGCCCACGUCCGUGUUUCUUCCGAUUGCUUACAACCGUUUCGUGGGCUGAGAUACUCGCAUAACAACCUUGGCGAAACAAGGAGUGAACCAAGAAGAGAUCAAAUGGCUCCCUUGUAUUCUCUUUUUAGCGGUUUGGCAAGAACAAUUUCAUAUAAGAGUGGAAGGAAGAGCAAACAAGACAUUGAAAGAGAAGCUGCAAAUUUACUUGCCAAGGAUGCAAGAAAGAAUGAGCUAAUCCUGACAACCUCUGGCAGUGUUAAAUCCAUUGCGUCUAAGAAUUUUACUUCUCUGCAUUCAAGACAAGGAAAAAAGGGAGUCAAUCAAGAUCGCCUCAUUGUAUGGGAGGAGUUUGGGGGUCAAGAAGAUAUAAUUUUCUGUGGUGUGUUUGAUGGCCAUGGUCCAUGGGGUCAUGUUGUAGCUAAAAGAGUCAGGGAAUCAAUUCCUAUUUCUUUGAUGUGUAACUGGAAAAAAGAGCUCGAUCAUUACAAUGAUGAAGGAUUAGAUGACAGACAAUUCUGCCGUAUUGACAUAUGGAGACAAUCUCUCAUCAAGACCUGUUCUGCUGUUGAUCAAGAACUCAAACAGCAUGCCGAUUCUUUUUAUAGUGGCACAACUGCACUGACAGUUGUUAAACAGGGUGAUCUUAUGAUGAUCGCAAAUGUGGGGGACUCCAGGGCAGUCUUGGCUACAACUGAUGACGGUGGUGACCUAGUACCGGUUCAGCUAACGGUCGACUUCAAACCCAACUUACCUGGAGAACGUGAGCGCAUAAUGAGGUCCAAGGGCAGGGUUUGUUCGAGUGAUGAUGAACCGGGAGUGUAUAGGGUGUGGAUGCCACCUCAAAAUGGAGAAGAAUUGGAAGGGCCUGGGCUAGCAAUAUCUAGAGCCUUUGGAGACUACUAUUUCAAAGACUUUGGCCUCAUUUCUGAGCCUGAAGUGAUGUUCAGAAACAUAACCUUUAGAGAUCAGUUUGCCAUUUUGGCCACAGAUGGAGUGUGGGAUGUAAUGUCUAACCAAGAAGCUGUGGAUAUAGUUUGUUCAGCGCCAGAAAAGGAAAGUGCUGCCAAGAGGCUGGUGGAGCGUGCAGCUUGUGCAUGGAAGCGGACUAAAAGGGGAAUUCCAAUGGAUGACAUGUCUGCAAUUUGCCUCUUCUUUCACAGCCCUUCAUGAUUCUGUGAAGAAGUACAACUUGGCUGCAUGACGCAGAAGACAAUAAAACAUAAGCUUCAACUACGUAAAUACUCAUUUGGGUCAUACAAACUAGCUAGCCGUUUCAUUCAUUACCUCAUACAAUAUUCCAAUAUGCACUCCUAAUCCUUUACUGUAUUGAGGACCUGAAUUAUAUAGUUUGCUUACCUUCUUUUCUCGUAUAUGUAGCUGUUCUACCUUAAAUUGCAUUCAUACGUGUAUGAAAGUGAUGAUGUUUUUUACACUUGAGGAAUAAAAUCAAGGGGCGGUGUACUUUGGACUUAAUGAGAAUAGUGACUUAA